CCACAGAUUAUACUAUUCGUUCUAUACUUCUUUAGUGUUAAUGAAGUGUGUUGAUGGUCAAGAGGGUUAAAAUAAAUAUUUUUAUCAUAAUUUGCUUGCAGUUUCAGCCAUGGCUGAAGAUUUAAGAAAUUACAAAUUGCAACUGCAACAGGUGGAGGCUGCAUUACUCACUGAUCCUCAAAAUGAAGAGCUGCUGAAAUUAAAAGCUGAUUUAGAAGAAGUAAUUGAGUUGACAAAAGAUCUUAUUAAAACUCAAGAUGGUGACUCCAAAGUGACAAAUUUUCAUAGUUCUAGUAAUGAUGAUGAUGUUACAGCGUCCCUGCUGGCGGCCGAGGAAGCUGAGGCUGGGGAAAGGUCAUAUCCAAGUUGGCGUGUUGGUGAAAAAUGCUUAGCGAAAUGGAGAUCUGAUGGAAUGUACUAUGAAGCUGUAAUUGAAGAGAUUGGCCCUGAAAAUUUUAAAGUUAGGUUUGAUGGUUACAAUACAUUAGAAACUGUGGCUAUUGGUGACAUCAAAGCAUUAGGAUCAGGCAUAAAGAGGCCGCUAAGCGGAGAUGAAAGCAAGCACGGUAAAGGCUACAACAGGGAGUACUUAAAAAAGAAAAAACAAAAAAAGCAGCAAAGGUUUAAACAAAUUGAAGAAGAAAGGGAGAGUGAGAAAAAUAAAUGGUUGUCUUUUCAUUCCAAAGCUUCUAAAAAGGCUGGAAUAAAAGGAAAAAGUAUAUUUGCAUCACCGGAUAACUUGACUGGCAGAGUUGGCAUUGGAACUUGUGGUAUAUCUGGAAGACCAAUGACUGAAUAUACUCCUGGAGAAAAGUGGAAGAAAGGUGGAUAAUGCUAAAAGUGAUAUUUAAAAUACUUAGGUUUAGUUUAUUGCUAAUAGUUUACAAUAGGGGUGAUGACAAGGUCUUAAAACAAUGUAAUUAGUUAAUAACAUGAUAGACACAUUACGUAAAUUUUUGGAUUCAAUUUUGACUCCAAUGUCCAUCAUAAAAAUUCAAAAAUAUUUAGAACUAACUAUGCAUCAGUGAAUAAAAAAAAAUGGAGCAACUUUAGGCUAACUUAAGGCAUCAUGAGCUAAACGCAAUUACAUAUUAAGGAAGCAGCCAAACAAAAAAGGUUCAUAACGCGAACAAGAAACUCAGGUACGUCAACCUUGAACAGCGUUUUGCACUUGCCAAAGUAAGAGCGAGAUCAACAUCAUUAUAAUGUCAUGCAAUUUUUACUUUAAGGAUGCGAUUAUUUCACCAAUGUUUUAGUUGUUGUGAAGAAUUUGUGGUAUUUAUUGAUUUUGCUAUAAAUAGCGAAGCAAAAAGUUGUCAUCAUGCCUAUUAUACUAACAACAUAUUAAAAUUAAAUACCUAGUUACAUAGUGUCACUCUUAAGACUGCAACUGUAAAUAUUUAUUAGGUAGAUAUACUACAAAAGCUAUAAGUACUGUAAAUACACUCAAGGCUUAUCAUAUUUUCCAUAUUUGUUUGGACUGCAAAUACACCAAUACAGUUUAUAAUAAUAAAUUUCGUGGAAUUGUA